AUUGUUUCAGAACCCCAGCUAACCCUAAUUACAUUUUCUGUCGGAGCCAAAUUUCAGUCUCUCUCGGACCCUAAUUCCUCUCGGUGAAGUAUAAUCCAAAAUUUGGAAAUCAAAGCUAAUCUCCGGAGCUCUGUAAGGAUGUCGGAGAAUGAGAACAACGUCAAUAGCGGGGAGGAGGAGGAGGAGGCGGAAGAGUUGAAGAAUAGAAAGCAGAAACACAAGGGGAAGCACGACAAACCAAAGCCGUGGGAUGAUCCGAGCAUUGACCACUGGAAGGUUGAGAAGUUCGAUCCUUCCUGGAACGAAAGCGGCAUGCUUGAAGUAAGCUCUUUCUCCACUCUAUUCCCUCAGUACAUAGAGAAGUACUUGCAACAAUGCUGGCCUGAGGUCAAAGGUGCACUCAAAGAGCAUGGAAUCGCAUGUGAGCUGAAUUUGGUUGAAGGAUCCAUGACAGUUUCGACAACUAGGAAAACGAGGGAUCCCUAUAUUAUAGUUAAAGCUAGAGAUCUCAUUAAACUUCUGUCAAGAAGUGUUCCUGCACGCCAGGCAAUUAAAAUUCUGAAUGAUGAGAUGCAAUGUGACAUCAUCAAGAUUGGUAACAUGAUCCGCAACAAGGAGCGGUUUGUUAAACGGAGGCAGCUUCUUUUGGGUGCCAAUUCUUCCACUUUGAAGGCCUUGGAAAUUGUCACCGGCUGUUAUAUUCUUGUCCAGGGAAACACAGUUGCUGCAAUGGGUUCAUUUAAAGGGCUAAAACAACUAAGGAGAAUCGUAGAGGAUUGCAUACUGAAUAAAAUGCAUCCAUUGUUCCAUAUUAAGAUCCUCAUGAUGAAGAGAGAACUGGCAAAAGAUCCAUCACUGGCGAAUGAAAAUUGGGAUCGGUUUCUCCCGCAGUUUAAGAAGAAGAAUGUUAAACAAAAGAAACCUAAAAGCAAAGAGAAGAAACCUUAUACACCAUUCCCUCCACCACAACCGCCUAGUAAGGUUGAUUUACAACUUGAAAGCGGUGAAUACUUCCUGAGUGACAAUAAGAAAUUAGCUAAGAAAUGGCAAGAGAAGCAGGAGAAACAGGCAGAGAAGAUUUCUGAAAACAAGAGAAAACGAGAAGCAGCUUUUAUUCCACCCGAGGAACCUGCAAGACAGAAUGCUGGUGGUGCUGGUGACGACAAAAAUGAUGUAGCGGAAAUCACUGUGUCUUUGAAGAAAAAGGCAAAGGAAUUCGGACAGCAAAGAUCUAUGGAGAAGAUAGAUGCAGAAGAAUACAUUGCAGCAUCUGCUGGAAAGCGUAAAAAGAAGAAAUCUAAGACCACCUAGUUUCAGUUGGUAACGUGCAGUGUUAUUAGUGAAUCAAAGAACUGUCAACAUGAUCACUCUCAUUAUGGUUCAAAUGCUCUUGAGAGUCCUCCGGAGGGCUUAGGCAGUUAGGCCCAAUUCUUUUUGCUGAUAUUGUGGGUGUGACGUUUCCCAAUUUUUAGUCUUUCUUUUUUCAUCUCUUCUUGUAUCAAAAGACAAAAAAGAAAAAAAGGACUACCAACAUGUAGUUUCCAGUGUAAUGAUUUUUAUAUUAGUGGAAACUGGUUGAUUUACUUCC